GCGUUGGCGAUUGGUGAAAAUAUUCAUCCUUCAAGCAAUUAUAUUCUAUCUAUGAACCCCGAAAAAGAACUAAAACCAACAAACUUUGUUCACCAGGCAACUAUUUUAAAUGAGACUGUUGCAAAAGAGCGAAGAUAUCAGAAGCUGUAUGCAAACUUCACAAUAAAUCCAUUUAGAAGAGGGUACCAUGAUAUUUUAAAGCGAACUGUUUGUCUGAAAAACCAAACAACGCGGAAAGUAUUGAGGCCGCUGACGUUAGAUCAUUUUCUCGAAAUUUUUAAACGCGCAGAAUUGGAACCUAAAAAACGCUAUUUGUAUCCACAGACCGAAAACCAGGAAUAUGGGUGGAUAUCAGAUAACUUGCUGAACAUGGAUAGAAACGACAGAAGAUUUUACUUUCCAAAUACUUCUUGUGAUAUUACACGAUUCAUGCAUAGCAUGUGGAAGCAGAAAGAACAGAGAAAGUUGAACACGUGA